CCUGCAAGUGACUUCCGGGUGUGCAUGCUGCCUGACAUCCGGUAUGGUACAAGUGCACCUUGUCAUUGGUUCCUAGUCAGCAGGGAACGUGGGGAGAGAGCGACGAGCUGCAGGAUGCCAUCCUGUAUUGUUAAAGGAUGUUCAUAUUCCUGGAAAAAGAAGGACCCUGAUAUUAUAAUUCAUGCAUUUCCCAAGGACCUGGAAAGCAUCAGAAAAUGGCUAAUUCAAACACAACAGGAUUUUGGGGACAUUGAGGAAUUUAGUCGAAAAAUUCUCGAGGGUACAAAAGGUGCAUAUCGUGUCUGUUCAAGGCACUUUACAGCCGAUAGCUAUGAAACCAGAGGCUUCAUGACUGUUUUAAAGAAGGGAGCAAUUCCAACAAUUUUUCCUGACAGUCCAGAAAAUGCCAUGAGUUAUAAAAAAACUAAAGUACCAGCAAAAAGAAUGAAAAUCGAUUCUACCUCUUCCAAUUAUGGAAGUGUUCCUGGGGUCGGGUAUCAACUUUCAGCAGUUGCUUGGCAUCCUGAAUCUAUAGCUGGACUGUCAUCACAUAACUUCAUUUCACCUGUAGCCAGGAAGGAAACGUGUGUUCAAGGCCUGUACAAGUACACAGCAGGGGAACAUUUGGAAAAUGAUCACGACUGGAGUCAUUCCUCGUACUCAGAACGUGGAAGUACUAAGGGACAAAACAUCACAGAAGAAAGAAGAAGCACAUUAUAUCACCCAAGGGUUGCACAGACAGUAGGAACUGUGAUGGGAAUUUCUCCAAGACUGAUCCAUCAAGGUACAAAUACUGAACCUUUUGUAGGAACAUCCAAUAAAAAAGUACAAGCCAACCGACAAAAGAAACAAAAUAGUGUAGGGAUACAGUGCAAUCUGGAAGACCUACCCAUUGAAAAUGAGAGUGAUCACUAUCCAUUUAGGAUCUCUUUAAGAAACUUUGAUGUUCUCAUUUGGGCUGAUCCUUUCAGAAUAAAGUCCAGUGUUAAUCCAAAACCCAUGUCUAACUACUAUAGGUACUGUCCCCAGAGAGGACCCAUUGAAAGGCUUACAGAAAGAUACUAGCUACGAGCAGUUUUCUUACAUGGAAUAAUAAAAGUUGCCCUCCAUGUCAUUGUCAUAGAUCCCAACAACUAUCUAACCUGGAGUUACUGAACUGAUGUCCUCAAGAAACCAAAGACCUCUCGCUUUAAAUAUUCAAGUAGAGAUGUAGCAACACUAAUUAAAUAACGUGCAAUAUUAAAGGAGUAUUUGCAAAA